CUGCCUCGUCAACCGCGAUUCCACCUCUUCCUCAACCCUAGACUUCAAUUCCGCCUUCCCCGCCGACUCCGUGACGGCGAAUCUGAUGAAGAGCAGGAAGGUCGAUACGUUCUACUACGUCGCCCUGAGCGGGAUGAGCGUCGGCGGGGAGCUGCUCUCGAUUCCGGCCUCGGUCUUCGAGCUCGAUGAGGCCGGGAACGGCGGCGUCAUCGUCGACUGCGGCACCGCCAUCACGCGCCUCCAGACGGUGUGCAGGGGGGAGGAGGGGCGACGCCGGACUUGGCUUGUUUGUCCGCCGGAAAUGCACAAGAACAACCAAAAUUGGAGAGGGAGUGAGGGAGGGAUCGGAGGAGGCGGGCGGAUGGUGGGGGGAGAGAGUGGAAGAGAGGGGAGGGCGGGCGGAGGUGGGGGGAGGUGGGGGGAGGGAAGGUGGGCGGAGGUGGGGGGAGGGGAUGAGGGCGGGUGGAGGUGGGCGGCGGUGGGUGGAGGGGUGAUGCCGUCGUCUAGGGUUGGUAUGGAGGGAUGGUAGAUUAGGGUUUGAGUAGCAUAUAUAGAAUAAUCAGGUGUGGACUCUUUUUUAAUUCCAAAAUUACCCUAAAACAAAAUUAACCAUGAGAUUAAAAAAAGAGGAAAACAAGAAAAAUGAACGGCAGAUAGUGAU